AUGGCGAAGCACGUGGAGCAGUUGUUUUCGCGAUUAGAGACAUACGGAUUGAUUGAAGGGUUAAUCACCAAAGAAGAGGAUUUGAAAUUACCCGAUCGGUUAAGAGAGCCCAUCCCCGAGUUGGCGUUACACGAUGGGUUUUUAUGCAAAGUUGAGCCACAACGGUGCCAGGAUGUUUGUUAUAGCAAAGAGACAUUGCGGAAACAUUGGCGAAUGAAGCACGAGUGGACAGUAACCGAAAGUUCGAAGAGCGGGCGAACGACAAAAGAACAGCAAAAGAAAGCCAGAAGACGGUUUGACGAGGCACAUGAGCAGGUUAAAUGCCAGCAAUUUUUCGGCAGCCGGCACGGAUCACAUUACAUUCAAGUCACGCAACAGGAGACACAAGACGAAGAGACAGCGGCAUUUGAUUCAUGGCAGAACGUGCAAAAGGAAGCAGAGAAAAUAUACGAAGAGAUGGUACAGAAAGGCAAAGAAAGCAUCGAAGAGGGUGAGGAAGACGAUGUCAACCCGUGGUUAUCAAGGACAAAAUGGCAUAAAUAUUUGAAGAAGUACAACCCAGAGGAGUUAACAGCAUCCACCGCACCACCGAGCAAGGACCCGGAAAAGCCAGAACCGUACGAAGAUGUCAUUUGGAGGACGAUGACCGAAGUUGCACAGAUCAGCCAGGAGACGGUAUCCAGAGCAGGCGUGUUUGUUCGUAUGGAAGCCGUUCGAACCGAGAAACAGCAAACACGAUACAUGCCGUUGGAGACGUAUUGGGACCCGGACGCGAUCGAUAGGAGGGCCCAACCAUGGCGGCAGGUGUUGAUGUUUUUCGUGCGGACCCAGCGAGAACACAAUUGGCACAGUCCGCCGUAUAAGUUUACACCAGAGCAGUUCGAGAAGUUCAACAGGAUGAUCGAAGAAGCGAACCGUGUGAUUGACGGCGAGGCACAAUAUGACGGAGAGAAGUCCAGGAUGAGUGCGAUACAAAAAGCAUGUUUGGAUUUUUGUGUCGAGUUGUUGAACAUGGAGAUCGAGUUCAGCGAGUAUGAAAGUGCAUUAGUAUAUGCAUUGGCCGUUUUGGGCGUCAGUGAAACAGGAUGGCGAGGCCCGGAUUCAUACCCACCCAUUUUAUCGUCCGUGAUCAAGUGCGCCAGGUUCAUGGUGGUUCAGAAGGCCGUUCACAUGGCGAGAAGCCCAGUAGAGAAUGAGCAUUUCGCAGGCAGGCGGAAGAUGGAUUUGGACGAGGAUAGUGGAUACGACAGCAAUGGUACAGCAAGUCCAAGUCCGUCGUCCAGGGUUCAGUGGAGAAGCCAUGGCAGGUCAAGCAGCCCAAUCCCACACGAACCGGUGUCGCCGAACCGGUUUAGAUGGGCCAGUUCAUCCGUACAUGGUCGGAGCAGUCCAGGCAACCCAUCGAGUCCAGUCAUGGAACCACGGGGCCGGCCGCAGACACGUCGUGCAAGGAGUUGUUUGGAUUUCGUGAACGACAUGAUGGACCAAUUCAUGGUCCGCGGAACGAAAGGCCCAAUACAGUGGAUGUUGGAUUUGCGGACAUAUAGAUUGAAGAUCCAUUACAAUACGACCAGCAGUGGCCAUGUCGAGUGGUGUAAUGGUGACGAGUUGUUAUACAAGAAAGCGCAGUUCAAUAUGGCCCAGUUCCGCGGCAUGGUGCACGGGUUGGUCGAGCAGAUGCGACGGAUCAUGUUUGACGAAUUGUUAUUUUGUGGCGGUAAGAAAGCAAAGGACAUUCCAAACGUGCCAUGGAAUACCAUUCGGGACGAUCCAACCAAUACAACACCCGGGUGGAGUUUUUUGGACGAUGAGCGCACAUGGUUACCCAUCAACAGCAAGCAAUGGUUGUUCGACCGCAUCGGACAGCAACCCGAGGUUCGACGAAAGUUCGAACGAAUCGGAUCCAAGUCCGGGUUGAAUGGGAUUGAAGUGGAGAAGUAUAUGGCCAGUAUUGUGCAGUUUCGCGAGAAGUUGUUAGUAGCGGCGCAUAUCACGGGAGGGCAGCCCGCGCGUGGGACCGAGAUAUUGAGUAUCCGGCAUAGCAACACAUGGAAAGGCAGACAUCGAAACGUGUUCAUCGAGGACGGUUUGGUUGUGUUUGUGACCAAAUAUCACAAAGGUUAUGCGUUGAGUGGUGACGUCAAGGUCAUUCAUCGGUAUUUGCCCCGGGAGAUAGGCGAGUUGGUUGUAUGGUAUUUGUGGUUGGUGAGGCCAUUCGAACGCCGGUUGCAGUCCAUCAUAGGCGGGCAAUAUAAAGAAGGCGUCGAGGAGGACCACAAUUCCGAGUCAAAGGCGUCACGGUUGUUUUGCCGCGAUGGAAAUGGCCGAGAAUGGACAUCCAGGCGAAUGCGACAAGCAUUGGAGCGCGCGACGGCCCAGGGGUUAGGCCAUGGAUUGCAUAUCCAAGCAUAUCGUGACAUCGCCAUUGGUAUAAGCCGGAGGUACAUGCGAGGUUCGUCCGCGUUCAGCAAAGACGAAGAGAAUCCAGGCGAGGAGGGAGAGGGCGAUGCCAUUGAAGAUUUGCAAGCCGGCCAUGGGUCACACAUCGCAGGUAUGGUGUAUGCGCGAGGUAUGUUCGAGAUGGACGGUGCCAUUGCAAGUCGACGGCAGCAGUUCCGCACGAGCAGCAUCGAUUGGCAUAGAUUUUUAGCAAUCCCGUCCGCAAUGGAUAUGAACCCAGGCCAGAAGCGGAAGCGGGAUGCAUUCGAAGAAGAAGCAAGUGCGGCGCAGCACGAACGAUGGGCCCGGUUACAACAGAUAAACAUGCGAUCGCAGUUCGCACGGAUGAUGAAGUUGGAGGAAAAGGAGGGUCAGUUCCGUGGUGUCCAGGAACAAGCCAUUGAAGCGAUUCAGGCAAGAAUCAAGCCAGUGGUCGCAGUCAUGCCGACAGGAACAGGCAAGUCGGUAUUGUUCAUGUUGCCAGCAUGGGCAGAGCCAGGAGGAACCACGAUUGUCAUUGUGCCAUUAACCGCGUUACGGCAGGACAUGCAGCAGCGUUGUGAUGCGUUGUCGAUAUCAUGUGUGGCAUGGGAGGACAGCCGAUCGCCACCAGAUGCCGCAAGUAUUGUGUUGAUGACGCCCGAGGCAGCGUUGGGAGACGAAGGCAGCACGUUCAUCAACCGGUUGAAGCAGACGCGGCGGUUGGAUCGUAUCAUGAUCGAUGAGUGCCAUGUCAUUUUGAGCGCGGAGUCGAGGUUCCGUCCGAAGUUGCGUGAAUUAGGCGAGUUAGCCCAUGUAGAAACACAGAUGGUUUUGUUGACGGCGACAUUGCCGCCCAGCAAGGAAGAAUUAUUGUGGAAGCGCAUGGGUUGGACGGCGGACGAAGUCAAAAUGUUCAGGAUGCCGACAGUAAGAAAGAACAUACGGUAUUCAGUCGUGAGACCGGGAACCCAUUUGAAAAAACAAGAUCAUGAUAAAUUCAUCGCAAAGAUGGUGCGCAGUAUGAAUGGCAAGGGAAUUAUAUAUUGCAAGGCAAAAACGCGGGUCAAGACGAUGGUCACCGGCGGGUUGUUCGAAUGUGACGCGUUCCAUGGCGAUAUGAACAGCCGUCAACAAGCAGAAGCAUUGGGAGCAUUUCGAACAGGAAGGACACGGGUAAUGGUUGCAACGAACGUAUUAGGAAUGGGAGUUGACAUACCGGACAUUGAGUGGAUCAUUCAUGCAGAUGAGCCGCGCGACAUGUUGGAUUAUGCGCAGGAGAGCGGUCGAGCCGGUCGAGACGGGAGGGCAAGUCACGCGAUUUUGGUGACAGGAUAUGAUGAUGAGAUCGAUCCAUUGGUACAAGCGUAUAUCAACGGUGACGGCAGUUGUAGGCGGAAGAUACCAAGUUCGUAUUUGGACGGCGAGGACGACCGUGGUCGAUGCAGAUUCGACGAAGAAUUAUGUGAUUUAUGCCGACCGCAUGAGGUUUUGUUCGAGUACGCCGGAAGACAUGAUGGACAAGUUGUCGAAGCCCAGCGUAGGCGAGCAGAAUCGGACAAACGAGAUAUGGCAGAGCGGUUGGAGGAGCAAUUCAGUACGCAGCAGAGGCAAGCGGCAGCAGUGCGAAUGAGGAGAACCAAGGAGCGAAUAGUCGAAGCAGGUGUAGAGGAUAGGUUAGAAAGGCAGUUGUGGAAGUGGAAAGGAAAGUGCAUCGUAUGCCAUGCGGCAGGGGUUUUAUGUGAUCACGUAGUCACCGGUUGCACACAGCAGGAAGGAAAAGAAGCAGCAUCAGAAGUGAAGGAACGGCGAAUACGGAUCCGAUUCAAGGAUUGUUCAGCAUGUGGCAAAUGUGGAGUACCACAAAGCAUGUGCAGUCGAUACAGGGAGAAUGGGAAGGGGGGAUACGAAAGGGUAAACGGACAGUGUCAAUGGUAUGGCAUCAUGGCGUCGAUGGUGUUUGGAUUGCGUCACGCGUACAGGGCAUUGUGGACAUCAUGGAUGGAGCGGUUGGCACAGGAUGGCGUAGAUAGGGAGUCCAAGAAGGCCGUUGAGGAAUAUUUGGGACAGCGAAAAGACAAAGGUCAGUUGCAGGGAAGUAAUUUGGCGUUUGAGUAUUUGUGGAUCACAGAGCAGGUUGCGAUAUUGGGAGUAUAGAAAUAAAGGGAGGCACAGCAAGUCACGAU